UCGCCAUCAAAUAAUAUUUAAAAUAGAAAAUUACAACCUUUUACAAUCCAAAUAAAAAUGAAACUUGUCGUGCUUUGCAUAUUCUCACUCUUUGCCAAAGAUGCACAAACAUUGCUGCUAAGCCAAACGGAUUGGAAAAAUCUUCGCAACAGUGGAGCCUUGGAUCUUAAUGUUUUACGCUGCUUUUUACGAGACAAAAACUAUUGUCCCAGUCCACAUAUAGAUCACCGACUGUACUCUCCCAAUGGGCCCCGUCGAGGCCUGUCGUUAAAUGUUAAGAAUCCAAUGAGCCUUUAUCAAGGUGGAUUCAGCAAGCACCGCGAAACGGUCUUUAUAAUACACGGGUUUAAUGGGACAGCCAUCGACAUUCACCUGCAGUUCCUCAGGGAUGCAUAUUUGUCCCGCGACUUUAACGUAAUCACGGUGGACUGGAGACCUUUGACCAGGUAUCCCUGCUAUCUGCACUCGCUGAUAAACACGAGACUCACAGCGCAGUGUACGGCUCAGAUCUACGCAUUCCUCACUCAUUAUGGAGCUCUUCGGGAGCGGAUCACCUGCGUGGGUCACUCGUUGGGAGCCCACAUCUGCGGGAUGAUCAGCAACCACCUGACGAAGAAGCAAUAUCGCAUCAUCGGAUUGGAUCCAGCCCGCCCUCUAAUUGAGCGCAGAAAGAGCAACACCUUUCGGUUGUCACUAGACGACGCCAGUGUCAUCCAGGUGAUCCACACCAACGCAGGAUUCCUGGGUCAGGAGGACAACACCGGGCACCUCAAUUACUGCGUCAACGGGGGACGCAUCCAACCCUUCUGCAAGGGCAACCCAAUCAGAAGAUCGCGUUGCUCGCAUUUCCUGAGUAUUUGCUAUCUGGCCACGGCCACUUUUAAGCACAAGAAGUUCAUGGGGGUUCCUUGUCCCAAUGGCUGCUUGAAUCUCACAGGACCAAAGCGGCUGCCCGUCAGUGGUAAAAUUAAUCCUUUCGAAUUCGCCUCGUUGCUGAGGGAGUACCACAUGGGCAACGAUGCCCCUGAUGACGCCCGAGGCUGCAUUUGCAUAGAUGUGCCGUAUGCCAAGCACUGUCCCUUUACGGAUGCAUAGGAGCUGGUCUUCACUAGGUCUUAAUUCUAUAAUAAAACUGUUGAUAAUAAAUUCUUAAAUAAUUUAUUUAUGGAGAACAUUUUAAUAACUGAAUUCAAAGAGAUUUGUUUGAUAAUUUUACAAAAGCUUCUCCUAGAACAGAUUCCGCCUCAGGCGAAGAUAUUCUUCUACAGUAUCUCAUUGACACACAAAAGGAAUCUUGACUUCGCACACCAUAGCAUGGUAUCCGUAGGCGUCAUUA